UCUAUUUAAGCAAUGAACAGCGGUUUUAAUGUUGUUAUUGUCGAUAUGAUAGCAAGAUGUAUGGUGGACAAAUGCCACGUCCUUGAAUCUUGGACACAGACUUCUCCAACUUAACACAUACUUGACCGGAACUUUACGAAAGAAUCGACCAAUGCCGCACCUCGUCAAGGACGCGAACCAGCCAGGGAACACUGUCUACUUGCGACGUGGCGACUUUUUGUGUCUGUCUCAUUUCGGCGCAGAUGAAAAGAAACCUGUCAGGUUGCUAUCGACUAUUCUACCAGCACAAGAACUGGGAUCAGGUAAACCGCGUGUCAUCGCAUCAUACAAUACCAACAUGGGAGCGGUAGACAUGAAUGAUGGUAUUCUACAUUCAUAUGGAAAGCAGAGGAAAUGCCAAAAGGUAUGGAAGAAAAUACUGGUGCAUUUAUUGUUUAGAAUCCUUAUGAAUUCCUAUAUACUUUAUAAGGAAAACACUGCACUGAGAGUAAAAAGCCGCCUGCAGUAUAUCCAAGCCGUUAUUGAAGCACUCGCUGGAACGAAGAAACCUGACAACCCUCGCCGCCGAGCAGUGAAGAAAGUUUCAUUAAUCACUUUGCCACAAAAGAAGGAGAAAGACUGCUGUGUCUGUUCUUCACGUAUGCGCCAUGGCCGUGGAAUACGUCGUCGGAGCAGAACGAUUUGUUCAUUGUGUGAGCGGGGACUUCAUCGCCAAUGUAUUGGACGGCAUUUGAACUGCAUUGAACAAUAGAUUGUGUAAUUACCAUGCAAAAUCUGAACUGUAUAUAUUCGUCUACUCCCCAAUAUAUCUUGUUGCACAAGGACUAAAAUAAGUUUAACCACUUACGUUUCACAUUCAUAUUCCGGAUUUGUUUCUUGUCAGAGCUAACAGAAUCGUAUCUCUGAUCUUUUACGUUGGUAUCAUGUAAAUCUCCCGAAUAUCUUUUAUCUUUCCAUAUAAUCAUCCUCUGACUUUUGGAGAUUAUGUACAUACAAGUAUUUAUAAUGGGAACGUAUAC